AUGGUUGUUCAGGGUAAAAGCCUUGCUUGCAAUGGAGCGAGCAGUGAGAAGUGCAAUCCUGGUAGAGGGCUGGUCUGGGACAGGCUGGAUGGCAUGAUCCAUCCGACAGAUAACCGGGCACAGAACACGCUGGUGGGGUCCGGUCGGAGGAAUACGGACACAUCACUGAAAUAUGAGGACAUCAUUUCCAAAAGUGUUCUGAUCCAACCAGGACCUCCUGCUGUCUACCAGCUGAGACCAAAGAAAGAGAACAUUGGAUCUCUAAGAAGAAUGACUCUCGGUGAAAGAAAUGUGAAAAGGAUGAACAAGACCAUUUUGCUUGUGGGUGAAACAGGAGCAGGAAAAUCUACUCUGGUCAACACUCUGGUCAACUACGCCAUGGGAGUGAAGUGGGAGGAUGAUGUCUGGUUUAAGAUCGUAGAGGAGGAGAAGAGAAACCAAACAGAGAGUCAGACAUCAGAUGUGAUGGUGUACCAGGUCUUUGGUUUUGAAGGUGAAACUCUGCCCUACUCUCUGACCAUCAUCGAUACUCCUGGAUACGGAGACACCAGAGGGAUCAAACAAGAUGCCAUCGUCAGUUUUAAAUUAUUAGACUGGUUCCGCUCAGAGGACGGAGUUCAUGACAUUAAUGCAGUGGGUCUGGUGCUGAAAGCGAGUGUGAAUCAUCUGGAUGAGCGACAGAGGUACGUCUUUGAUUCAGUGGUGUCUCUGUUUGGAAAAAACAUGGAGAAGAACAUUGUUGCUCUCAUCACACACUCAGAUGGUCUGAUACCUGAAAAUGCUCUGAAAGCCCUGGAAGAGGCAAACAUGAAGUAUGCCAGAAAUGAAAAGAAUCAGCCUGUUUACUUCCUGUUUAAUAACUGCCAGAACACAGAGAGAACACAGGGAAACAAGUCAGCUUUAAAGACUGCAUGGGAAACAUCAAUGAGAGGAAUGAAUGAAUUUACAUACUUUCUAGAACAAUCUGAUGCUCAAAGUGUGAUAAAAACUAUUAAAGUGUUGAAGGCUCGAAUCAGACUGACAGCCUGCAUCCAAAACCUGAAAGAGAGAGUUGAGUCAACUGAACAAAAACAGAGAGAAAACCAACAGACUCAGGAACCUCUGAAGAAACAUGAAGAAGAGAAGAAGAGAAAUGAGAAGUUCACUGUAGAAGUUGAUGAGAUCUACAAAGAAAAAGAAAAUAUCAGAGGUGGGGGGAUGUGGUUUUUUUUUUUUAAUGGAGCUGUCUGCUGUACAGUCUGUGAGGAGACCUGUCACUAUCCAUGCACACUGACAUGGAGUCCAGGACGCUGUGAGGUCAUAAAAGAUGGCCGCUGCACUGUAUGUACCAGGAGAUGUCCUGUAUCAGAUCAUGUGAAAGAAAAGUGGAGGUUUGUGAACAAGACAAGGAAAGUUCAGAAGACCCUGAGAGAUGUGAAAGAGAAGUAUGAAAGAGGUAAAGCAGGAUGUGAGGAGACAACAAGCCUUUUGGAAACUUUAGAAAAUCAAAUAGAAGAACUUCAGACAGAAAAAGAGCAGUGGCUUAAUCAGUCCUUUGAGUUUGUUGUCAAACUGAAUCAAAUCGCCCUGAAUGUUGAUUCACUGUCCACUCUUGUCCACUUGGACUUCCUGAUUGAGAAGAUGAAGGAGAAAGGAGACGCAGAGAAGGUCCAGAAACUGGAGGAGAUGAAACUUAAAGAUGAUAAAGGGCCCAGAGCAGCACCUCAAUACAAACUAACAGUAGCUGUUAAAGCAGCUACAGAAUCAAAGAAAUAG